UACGAAGCUGAUACGAAAAAGAAGCAUUUGGUUUUGUUUAUAAAAACUUCUGCAAAUUAGGAAAUUAAAUAGGAUUUAAAAUGGUUUAUUGUUCGGUUCCGGGUUGCGUAAAGGGCAACAAGAAUCAAAAUAAACGUUGCAUGUUUACCUUUCCCAAAAAGGAGGAAUUAUUACAAAAGUGGCUUGAAGCAAUACCGAACCUUAAACGACCAAUCAAGAGUUCUUGGCGCGUUUGCCAAUAUCAUUUUAAACCUGAGGACAUUUUAGACGCAUUUAGUCACACUAUUGGCGGAGAAGUGUAUCUUAUCGAAAGAGAGAGGCCAAGACUGAAACCAAAUGUGAUACCCAGUAAAAAUCUACGGAGCGAUCAGAUUAUCACAACCAGGGGAAGUAAAACGAGAUCGAAAAAAAAGCAUUUUAGAACGGAGCCAUCUAAGAAAGACAAUGUUAUCAAUGAGAGGGUAUGUGAACAACUGAAUUCGGAAAAUGAGGCAGUCACAUUUGAGGACAGUGGCCAAAUACCACUUAUCCGUGAAACAUUUGAAAUUACAGAAAUUGAACAGCCAACUAAAGAGCAGAGCUUAUCUAAGUGCCCACUUCUACGACCAACUGACAUUUCUGAAAGUCGAGAAAAAACUGUCUUGUACAACUAUGAAGAAACCAGCUUUGACGAGUGCAACAACGGGCAAAACGUCAGGGAAGGGGUUGACAUUAUACGAAUUCCAGAAAAAGGAGUGGAGACAAAUACAAGCAAUAAGGUUAAUGAAAACUCUACGCAUUGUGCUGAUUCUCCAACUUCUUUCGAGGGAGAAUCAUUCGACCUCUUCGACAGUGUUUUUGAAGUAGUAUUACCUACUACUCUCUGGGGUGUUCAUCGCUCUACACUGCAGAAAAAUGUAAUGUUCGUCUGCAUAGAUGAAGAACAACUAAAUAUUAAUAAAAUGUUGACUGUGGAUGAUAAUGGUGACCUUAAAAUAUAUUUGACAAAGCGGUUAAUUCGAGAAGAGCACUGGCCUAGAGAAGUUUUAACCCCAGAACGUAUAUCAGACAUGCUUGCAGAAUUAGAUGCAAUGCAAAUAUGCCUUGGAGCCAAUUUAACCGAAAACUGUGAAGUUCUACUUACAGAUAUUGAUAAUGGGGAACAGCGAAGGCAGAAGCUUUGCAAAAACUGCUACUGAAAUUUUUUUAUGGCAAGUACAAUUGUUAAAAGUCUCAGUUAUAAUACAAAAAAUAUAUAAAAUAAAGCACACAAAUCCAUCUUGCACUAGACUAUA